AAACCGCGAGCUGCACGCCCAGGGGCUAGCAAAGGCAGAGCGUGAAGGCAGCCUCUGUCCGCCGUGACAGCCUGAACCUGCUGGGCCACAGAAGGGCUUUGCCGCGCCGUCCACCAGACAGGAGAAACAUCGGGCGUUGCUCAAGCUCUCUCCUGGCGCAGCGCAGCGCAGCGCUUGCAGGAGCUGGCGGGCGCGGCGCUGAGCGUGGAGGAAGGGAGGCAACCGGUCGGGGAAGCUACGUGAGGUCCGUUCCCUUCCUCUGCCAGCUGCCGCGUUUGUCUGCUCCCCUCUGCCUUCCCUGCGACAGCGUUUGCCUCUAGCAUCCGUUCCUCCCGUUUCUCCGCGGAAAUGAGCGCGAUGCUCACGGUCUACGCGAGACCAGCAGGAAGUUUAUGGUGGGGUCUGGGAGGAUUUUAAAUGAGGCUGGUGGCUUUGCCAAGCAGCACCAGGAGAACAUUCUGCGUAUUGGGUCCGUUGCAGAAGGAAAGCUUGAGGAUGCUUGUACCUGAAAUGAUUACUGUCUAGAAGGUAAUGGUGGCCAAGCAGAGGGGAGAGGAAGAGUCCAGAUUAGUCCGGAGGUACAGAACUAUAAGGGUCUUGAAGAUUGCUACAAGAAUUUGGACAUGAAAAGCAAGUCAAAGUUGGGGAGCAGAGAAGGGAAGAGUAGGAGUUUGGCUUUGGUCAAGGUAACUUUUUGGAGAUCAACCUCCAUUGCCAUGCCACACGUCAAACGUUCUGGGAGCCUCCGUCUCCGUCUCCACAGCUUCUGCCAGUCCCUUUUGGCCAAAAGAAGUGUAGAGUGAUAAGUGAUCCAGGUGUUGUUGGAGGCACGGGUGGAACUUUGAGAUUGGAUGGCAGGAGGAAAUUUGGGGGCCGAGAAGUGAACUCCAGCUCAGAGAUGAUAGUGGAAGCAAUAUGAGAUGGUGAGGCCACUUGUGGAGAGUGUGCCUGCAGGGAUACCUGCCAAAAAGGCAGCAGAGGGAAGGAAGAGCAUCCACCAGGAAGACAAGUUAAAGGUACUCCCAGUGGGGCGGAUGGAGAAUCAGGACAGGACGCUGUCAUCAGUUCCCAACAAGAACUGAGAGCUCGAGUAGGCAGGUGUUACCUGUCACUGCAGUAUCCAAUGCCACAGAGGGGUCCAGAAGACAAAGAUGGAGGAGAGUUGGUAGAGUAUAGCCAGGAGACCCCAUGGAGAGUAAUUCUGCUGGCAAGACUGGAUCCACGGUGGAGCUGGAGAAGAAUUUAAGUAGUGGUUGUGGACUGUUUGCUCUGGCACUGGCUGAAAAAGGAGCCAGGACUCAGCAAUGUAGGAUGGAAGUGAGCAAAGCUAACUUGGAUGGUAAGAAAGCCAGGCAAGACCAAAGAGGCUGAGAAGGUGGGAGGCACACAGGCAUAGCUGCAGGACCGGGAGAAGGAGAGAGAUGCCUGUUAGUAACGGGGAAGGAGGAGCAUGUGGGAAGUGGAAGCCAUUGUUGUCAUCUUCCCCCAAGAAUGCAAGUGGCUUUUUUUUUUUUUAAAGCAAAGUGAAGUCCCCAGAGUGUUAGAAACCCCAAGAGCUGCUGCAAGUGUCUGGAUCUGUUUGUGUCUUGAUUUGAGAUGGCUCGGAGAGGUGUGAACCCCCAUCCAUCUCAGUGGAGCAUUGGCUUUGAAACCUGAUGCCCUACUAAUGGGCCUGUUCCAAGUGACUAAAACAUGCCCCUUUGUUCUGGGUUUGCCUGUGGAGUUGUUACACUUGUGCAUACUGAUGGUUGCACAGGCAGAUGUCACUGCCCCUCACCUCUUCCACAUCCCCAGCCCCCAUACUAUGUGAGGCCUUUACUCUGUGUGCAUAUCCCUGAAAACAUUUGGUGUGUUGGGAAUUUGCUGUGCAUGAAGGUUGUACAUGAGCCAUGAUUUCAACGUAGUUUGUCCUCCUUCACUGUACGAGUGUGGCUAGCCGUCCUGACCCGUGAUACCUAUCUGUGUAUGGGGUCCUUUGGGAUGUGCCAGGUGAAAUGGGUCUGUGCUCCAGGCUCUGGAAGCAUUUCUUUAAAGCAUGACCAUUUUCCUUAACAGACUGCCUCGGGGUGGUCCUCAGCUGCUCCAGACUGUAUCUUCUUCCAGGUUGAAAUUGUGUGUUUGAGGUCGGAGUUAGUGGGUGAAGUUGAGGCCAGACUUGAUGAUAAUGGCCCUGUCUGGCCUUGCCCUCUGGCUGUAAGGAGACCAGAGAGAGCUCAUGGACAGUAUCAGUUUGCUUGGACGUUUCCAAACCAGAACCCAGCAUUGGUUCAGGAAUACCCAAUCGAGAGGUCUUUGUUUUCAGAGCACAAAGUACAUACCCAGCAAGAAAGGAAGCCUAGCUACCUGGAUCCCAAGCCUGCUUCCCAGACACAGCAGUGUUUUCCAGCCGCCUUCUCUGCAGCUUCACAUGGGGAAGCCUCAGGACUCUCCUGCUGUGCCAAGAUAGAAGGCCUAGCCCAGGCGUAAGCCCUACUGUGCCUGUGUCCAUCGGACCCCAGUCAAGGAGGCGUGCUAAGACCUGCCUUCCAGAGUCAGUGUCCUGGGAUGUUACACAGGUUCAGAGGAGAGCCCCACAUUUGUCCUUGCUCAUUCUCAGCCUCUCCUGAAGAGGCAAGAUUUCCUGGAUUCUCCUCCCAGCUCCUCCACUGACUUGCUGAGACUCUGGACAAGUUUUCCUAUGCGUGGAGUGGGAUCCUAGCUACAUCCCUGAGCAAGCCAUACUGUAGAGACGACGCAGCUAUUUCCCAGAUGAUAAAACAUCUUUGGGAAUAAAGGUUCUGGCAAGGGCUCUUACAGGUGGUGCAGAGACGGAAGUCAGAUGACUUCAAAAGAGCGCUAAGGUGUGGUGGAGAACAAAGAAGCUGCAGUUGCUUUCCUGUUCGUUAGUUGGACAGGGCAUUAAGAUGUCCGUGGACAUGAACAGCCAGGGCUCUGACAGCAAUGAAGAGGAUUAUGACCCAAACUGUGAGGAGGAGGAAGAGGAUGAGGAUCCUGGGGAUAUUGAGGAUUAUUAUGUUGGGGUCGCUAGUGACGUGGAGCAGCAGGGAGCGGAUGCCUUUGACCCAGAGGAAUAUCAGUUCACCUGCCUGACUUACAGGGAGUCGGAGAGCACUCUGAACGAGCGAAUGGCUAGCUUGGCCUCCACGUUAAAGGUGUCUCAUGCAGUUGCAAAGCUUGUGCUAGUCAACUUCCACUGGCAGAUCUCGGAGAUCCUGGAAAGGCACAAGUCCAAUUCAGCCCAGUUGCUAGUGGAGGCACGAGUUCAGCCCACCUCAUCCAAACACGCAAUGGUACAUUCCUCCCACCACUGUGCAGUGUGCAUGCAGUUUGUGCGCAAGGAGAACUUGCUGUCUCUGGCCUGUCAGCAUCAGUUCUGCCGCAGCUGCUGGGAGCAACACUGUACAGUGCUUGUCAAGGAUGGCGUCGGAGUUGGGGUCUCCUGCAUGGCCCAGGACUGCCCGCUCCGAACACCAGAGGACUUCGUGUUCCCAUUGCUGCCUAGCGAGGAGCUUAAAGACAAGUACAGGCGCUACCUCUUCAGGGACUAUGUGGAGAGCCAUUACCAGCUGCAGCUGUGUCCCGGUGCCGACUGCCCCAUGGUCAUCCAAGUGCAGGAGCCCAAAGCCCGGCGAGUGCAGUGCAACCGAUGCAACGAGGUCUUCUGCUUCAAGUGUCGGCAGAUGUACCAUGCCCCUACAGACUGCGCCACCAUCCGGAAGUGGCUCACCAAGUGUGCGGACGACUCUGAAACUGCCAACUAUAUCAGUGCUCACACUAAAGAUUGUCCCAAGUGCAAUAUCUGUAUUGAAAAGAAUGGAGGCUGCAAUCACAUGCAAUGCUCCAAGUGCAAGCACGACUUCUGCUGGAUGUGUCUGGGAGACUGGAAGACGCAUGGCAGCGAGUACUACGAAUGCAGUCGGUACAAAGAGAAUCCUGAUAUUGUAAACCAGAGUCAGCAAGCACAGGCCAGGGAGGCCCUUAAGAAGUACUUGUUCUAUUUUGAGAGGUGGGAGAACCACAAUAAAAGCCUGCAGCUAGAGGCACAGACAUACCAGCGCAUCCAGGAGAAGAUCCAGGAGAGGGUGAUGAACAACCUGGGAACGUGGAUAGACUGGCAGUACCUGCAGAACGCUGCCAAGCUGCUUGCAAAGUGUCGCUACACCCUGCAGUACACUUAUCCAUACGCUUACUACAUGGAGUCUGGCCCCAGGAAGAAGCUGUUUGAGUACCAGCAGGCCCAGCUGGAGGCAGAAAUUGAAAACCUCUCGUGGAAGGUGGAGCGAGCAGACAGCUACGACCGAGGCGACUUGGAGAAUCAGAUGCACAUAGCAGAGCAGAGGAGGAGGACCCUGCUGAAAGACUUCCACGACACGUAAGGUGGGAGCAGAUGGCAGAGUGCAGGGGUGAGAGCGGCAAGCAACAUGACGGUGGCUUCCUCGUGAGACACGGGCACCGCCCCUGGGAAAACACAGCCAAGGACAGACCCACCUCCGCCCCUUGCAAAACAGACACACGCAAACACCACCUCUUAGUCCGUUCCUGUUCUUAUCUCUGCGUUUUGUUUCUGCCAGGCUAGAGGACAGAGGUCAGAAUGGCAUAGUUCACAAGACACUUUCCUCCCGCCCUGGUUGGUUUUGGAGGGAGGGAGUUUUUUCUGAAUGGCUGUUAAUAGUAUUAGAUCAUUACAACUUAUGUAAUUUUCAACGGUUGUACAAUUAUACAAACAAAGCUUAGAAUAACACACAACCCUUUUUAAAAAUAAAUUGGCAGUGGAGUGUUUUUCCUCAAUAAUCUGCUUGUAAAUUCCACAGGCUUUUUCUCCCUCCCUCUGCCUCCAAAUCCUCUUAGGCACUGAGAGUUGUGAAGCCACCCAGCUGCGUUCCCCUUUCCUCCUGUAACACAUGCUUCAUAGCAUUGGCCAGUGACUGCACGAGGAGAGUGGCUGGUUCUCAGGGGGGCGGCUGGAGGUCUGAGCCUGAGCACCUCAGUGGCUGCAGAUUAGCGCAGUGGUGUGUGAGCUCUUCUGUGAAACGCCCCAGCAGGAGUUUGUGCUGCGCAAAUGGAGGCAUGAUGGAGACGGCGUGCCCAGGUACAAGUGGGAGCCUUGCCGUUGGAGAGUGUGUCUUCUGCAUGGAUUUUGCCUUACUCGUUUUAUUGGAGUGCGGGUGUUGUUUGCUGUCAAAAGUACAGCAGUGAGGGACUGUUAAAUUGCAGCUGUCCUGACCGUGUUGGAUAGAGCCUGGUGGUGUGCAAGCACCUUGGAAUAAGCUGUGUUGUGUCAGUGUCUGCAGGUUGGCAACGAUCAGAUCAGUCCCACCUGCUGUGUUACCUGGAUAAACAAGGCUGAUCCUGCUCCUUGAGCCAAGGGAGAAGAGCCCUGUUUGAUGUGAGCCCUGACGCGUGUGGGCCGUGUAGCCAGGCCUUUGGGAACAAGUGUGCUGUGCUGUUGGAGCCUGUGCUGAGCCAUCCUGGAAAGUAACUGGCAGACUUCACUUUAUUUCUGUCUCCAUGUGAAUGACGCUGGGUGGAUCCUGUGAAUGCUAUCAUGUUUGCAGGGGCUUGGAGCUCUUCUACAACCUUUAUUUUUUAAUGUGAAACCUAAGUAAAUUGAGCAGAUGUGAAAAUGCCUUGUUCAUCUUGGGAGGGAACUAACCUCAAAGCAGUUACUGUAAUGUCAGCACAUGAGCAGGCAGUUACUUACCAGGUCACAGGCUAAUAACAGGGUUAGUAGACUCUGCAGGUCUCUCUGGUGCUUUCUGUCUGCUCCAGGCCGGCAGAAGCGAAGUAGAUGGAGUCCCCUGAUGUAGGCAGAAAGGAGUGGAAUUCCCUUCCCUGCCGUUCCUGUGAGCGUUGCCCUGACGCAGCCCAGUGCUAGGAUAUCUCGAUGUCACCCUUGAUGGAUUGGAGGGUUGUUAGUUUCUGCAUAACCGAGAAAACUAGAACUGUGCUUUGGGAGCUACAUUUUUCUCUGUCUGAAAUGUGGCUACCUUGUGGCUCUGGUAGCCAGCAUGGUGUUGUAGAUUUAACAGUGUAAAGGUGGCAAAAACAGAAGGCAUCUUGGUUUGGGAAAGAAAUAGCUGUUAUAUGAACUAAUCUUUUGAGCAGAGUUUGGAGAAUACAACAGGGUGGAGAUUUAAUGCUUAUACAGGUCUUUAAAGACAUCCUGUGUAUUGAUGUAGGCUACGAGUUGGUGUUAUUGUUAAGCUAGCUGCAUUCAGAUGAGAUUUAGCCUCUUUGCGAGAGGUAUGUGGAGGUGUCUAACCCCCACAGCUCAGCUCUGCCUCUUCCUCCCUGCACAGCAGGUCAGCUUUGAGCAAGGAUGAGCAUAUUUUCUCCGGGUGCUUGUCACGACUCUCAUGCAGAGCUAGAGCAGCUCCAUCCCUAGCUGGAACCAGCCCCUGCGGGCACCGAGAGCUGACUUGCAGUUCAGACUGCUGCGACACCUGGGCGAUGAGCACUGUGGAAAUGCCCAGCGCCAGGUGCUGCUUGGGAAGCCCCCUUGCUCUCCGGGACCACCUGCAGCCCCAGCUUUGUCAGCAGGCUGUGUUCCCUCAAACAGUCCUGGCAGGGGAGGCUGGGAUUUCCUGGUUCUCAUGCACGGCUCCUCCGUCCACUCUCUGCCCUUGGCUCCCACGGGGCGACUCAGGUGUCAUCUCUUGUACCCUUCCAUCUGCUGCUGGUGCCAUCAGAGGCAGGUGCCCAACAGGAAGGAAAAGGGGAGCUCUGGAGAGCAAAGGCGAACGGCCCAAGUCUGCUCUUGCGUGUGGGAGGUUCCCCUCCGCAGGGGUAGCGUGUCUGUCUGUCUUGGGGUGCUUUUCUCCCUCCCGCCUUGCAGCUAGCUGCCCCCUCGCACUCCCGCUUUGCUCGCGGCCGCCCCCCUAACAGUCCUCAGGCUUCCCAGGCAGCGACCCGGCGUUUUCUGCUGAUCCGAACUGCAUGACUGCUGCCCCGCGCGCGGGCGGGCGUGCUGUGCCAGCGCGGGCGGGACGGCAGGAGGUUUCUGUGCUAGAAUCGCGCGCUCCAGGUUUUAGACGUUUUCAGCAGGCGAUACAUAGAACUCUAUUUUUCGACGAGACGUGUUCUAGGGGUUUCCUUCCUCGCCCGCGUCGGCUCCACGGGGGCGGCUGCAGGUGCCUCAGGUAGCCGGGGCGGCCGCGGGAGCCGAGCGC